AUGGACGACACUUCCAUCUCCACCGACUCGCCCAGUGCCAGACCAUCACGCACACAGCUGAAAUGGACAAACGAUAUGGAGGUGGCCUUCAUUGCUACCAUGAAAAGCAUGCAAAGCCCUCCCACCAAGAAUGUACCUUCUGGCUUCACUAAAGACGCCUAUAAACGCGUCGCCGAGAUUAUCAAGGACAAGUCAUCACAACCAGAUCUUUGUGAUGAUGUGCGUAUGAAGAACAAGCUUGGUGCCUUGAGGAAUGACUGGCGUACCUAUGUGAAUCUAUUAAACAUGCAAUGGCCACGCUUGCCCAAUGGAUUACCUACAAACACUGACGAGGUACUGGAGAACUACUACAAAGACCAGGAUCCCAAUGCCAGAAAGUUCAGGGCUGCUCCCUUGAGGCACUUUGUUGAGUUGAAUCUUCUGUUCGACCCUGAGGGGGAGCAGCCCCUAGCUUCGCCAUCGCUAUCUCGACCCACUGUGGAUUAUCAAGCGCCAUCGUCUACACAAGUCCAUGAUCUACAAGACACCUUAACAAAUACCACCAACAAUGACACCUACACUCCUCACUCUGGCCCAUCUCCCCACCUACCCGCAAAACGACCAGCCGAAACCUCCAUCUCCAAUCAAGCCAAACGUAUUCUCAUGAGCGACUCUCCGCCCACUCAGCCCCGAGCUCAGGAUACCCUACGAGCCUACUACGGCAACACAUCUCAGAUCUCUCCCGUGGCCGCCGCCACCGCCCUCUUCACAUCCACCUUCUCGUCCCUUCCUAUACGCCAUAGAGUCAUCACUGUCAAACACUUCCAAGACACAAACAUGGCAGAGAUUUUCUUGCAUACUGACGCGGAGCUCAGGGAGGGUCUGGUGAAUCAGUGGAUCAAAGAUGCAGAAUAUGAGCGUCUUACGGGAAACAAACGCUCGUGA